AUGAGCGACAAACCCCGACCACAGUCGAAGUACUGCGCAUUCCAUGAUGACUGUGGACACUAUACGGAAAACUGCAGAGAUUUGAAGGAUAACAUCGAGGAUAUGAUCAGGAGAGGCUAUCUGACACAAUAUAGAGCCCGACAGAACAACAACAACCAACAGAAUAGCAAUUGGCAAAGCAAUAACACAAACAACAGAUUACCAUCCACCCAAACACCGCUCCGAAUAGAACAGAAAGCACCAGAAACCAGUCGGAAUGGGGAGGCUAGAAACAGUGGCCAGAAGGGGCCGACAGUAUGGGUCAUAUCUGGAGGACCGUGCCAUGGAGGAACAAUCAGUGGAGCCGGCAGAAGUCUGGGCGAACACCGCCACCUGGUAAACUACCACAGCACCAUAAAAUGGCCGGCAACCCAAGUCAUGCCAAAUAUUUCAUUCACCCCAGACGACUGUCGCGGAAUUAUAUACCCUCACGACGAUCCACUGGUUUUGGGCCUCGAAAUAGCAAACUUCCCAGUGAAACGAAUACUGGUGGAUGGAGGGAGUUCAGCGAACAUUAUCUUUUGGGAAGCCUUCGUUCAGCUGAAAAUAGACGAGACAGAACUCACACGAGUCAACUAUCCUGUGAUAGGAUUCUCCGGAGCCACAGUCUUCCCGGAAGGUAGCAUCAGGCUACCAGUGCAGAUUGGAGAAGGUAGAGCCGCAAGGGACCUAAUGGUAGACUUCUUAGUAAUCAAAGUGCCUGCUGCAUACAACGUAAUAGUGGGCCGGCCAUUCAUCCACGAUGCACAAGCAGUGGUAUCAACAUACCAUCUAACUAUGAUAUACAUGUCUAACUUUGAGAAGGCUGAAAGAAUCCGAGGCAGUCAAGAUUCAGCAAGAUCAUGUUACUUGACGGCAUUAAAAACACCAGGCCGACUGACCCCAUCCGGGAAUAUAGCGAGAGAGGCAGCAACGAAAAGACCGGCAAAGGGUCAAGCCCCAAGAUUGGGGGGCGAGUCAUCUCUUUUGCCCAAGAAGGAGAAAAGGCAGAAAAUGGAGUCACCCACAAUCGAAAGCAUCGAAAAGGGGACUUCUCUACCUAGGGUAGAGGCCGGAGGAAGGUCAGAAGAAGUCGAGCUGGUAGAAGGAGAAACUGGCAGAACAGUAAAAUUAGGAACCGACAUUGACCCCCAGUUGCGGGUAAACAUGAUCGGUCUGUUGAGAGAACAUGCGGAUGUGUUCGCAUUUUCCGCAGACGAAAUGCCCGGUAUAAGCUCAGAGGUAAUCGAGCACCGACUGAAUGUCGACAGAGCAGUCAGGCCGGUAAAGCAAAAGAAAAGAAACUUCUCAACAGAAAAAAAUCAAGCAAUACAGGAAGAGGUAGAAAAGUUGUUGGCAGCAGGAUUUAUUGAACCAUGCGACUACCCAGAGUGGUUGGCCAACGUCGUAAUGGUUAAGAAGUCAAAUGGCUCGUGGAGAAUGUGCGUAGAUUUCACAAACCUUAAUAGAGCAUGCCCAAAGGACUGCUACCCACUGCCAAGAAUCGACAGGCUAGUCGACUCCACAUCUGGCCACGCGCUGCUCAGUUUCCUUGACGCAUUCUCCGGGUACCACCAAGUCAGCCUCGCAAAGGCCGACAGGAAAAAAGCAGCAUUCAUCACUGAGGGGGGAGUAUUCUGUUACAAGGCUAUGCCGUUUGGGUUAAAGAACGCUGGGGCAACGUACCAAAAACUGGUCGACAGAGUGUUCGCAAACCAAAAAGGCCGCAACAUUGAAGUAUACGUCGACGACUCCAUAGUGAAAAGCAAAUUGGAGACCGAUCAUUUAGAUGACCUCAGGGAAACGUUUGAAACUCUGCGCCGUUACCAAAUGAAACUAAACCCCAAGAAAUGUGUGUUCGGAGUGAAAUCGGGGAAAUUCUUGGGUUUCCUUGUCAGCGAGAGAGGCAUAGACGCAAACCCAGAUAAGGUAGAAGCGAUACUCAGUCUGCCUCAACCAAAAAGCAUCAAAGAUGUACAAAGGCUGACAGGAAGAAUGGCGGCUCUGACAAGAUUUGUUAGCAAAUCAGCCGACAGGUCGAUUCCAUUUUUUAACACUCUUAAGCAGAACGGAAAAUUCCGGUGGGGGGAAACCGAGGAAAGGGCCUUCGAGAAGGUAAAAGAACAUCUUCGUGCUUUACCGACGAUAGCCAGGCCGGAAGAGGGCGACAAGCUACAAUUAUAUGUGUCCGCUUCAGCCCAAACCGUUGCUGCCGUACUAAUCAGUGAAAAAGACAAAGUCCAGCAGCCGAUAUACUUUGUCAGCCACAUUUUGAAUCCGGCAGAAGCAAGAUACUCGCUGAUAGAGAAAGUGGCCUAUGCAGUCCUGAUAGCCGCCAGAAAGCUCAGACCAUAUUAUGACGCACAUACCAUACAAAUUCUGACGAACUUUCCACUAGAAAAGGCUUUGCAAAAAAUGGAUACAGCCGGCAGACUGUUGCGAUGGGCAAUAGAGCUGUCGGAGUACGAUCUUGAGUUUCACCCGCGCAAUGCAAUAAAAGCACAAGCUUUGGCUGACUUCGUAGUUGAAGCAUCCUAUCAAGAAGAGGAAACCAAAGCAGAAUCCUGGAAAGUAUCAGUAGACGGUUCAGCCGCUCAGUCGGGAGCGGGAGCCGGCGUUGUCAUGAUCUCUCCGACAGGAGAUAAGUUCGAAUACGCAAUCAGAUUCACUUUCGCAGCUUCGAACAACGAAGCAGAAUAUGAAGCAGCCAUUGCAGGGGUACAGCUAUGCUUGUUGGCAGAUGCCAAGAGGAUAGUAAUGACAACAGAUUCUCAGUUGGUGGCAAAUCAGUUUUCGGGAGAGUAUGAAACAAAAGAGCCGUCAAUGCGGCGGUAUCAAGAAAAACUGAAGACACUGACAGCGAAAUUAGAAGCUUUUGACAUCGAAUUGGUCCCCAGAGCGUUGAACACUGCCGCAGACAGCCUAGCAAAACUGGCCAGUUCGAAAACAAUCGAGCUCAGUCGAUCAGUAAUGAUAGAAAUCAUGCACAGAAGGAGUACGGAGGAAAAAGGAAAGGAAAUAAUGGUCAUCACGGCAAACAAAGAGUGGUACGAUGAUAUCUGGGCGUACAAGACGACUGGAGUUCUCCCGGCCGAUAUCAGGGAGGCAAAGAAAAUCAAAAAAGACAUCUGCUGGUACGUCAUAUAUCAGGGGCAAAUCUAUAAAAGAGCCUUCAGCCUCCCCCUGCUGCGGUGUUUGACGGCAUACGAAUCCGCAAGGUUAAUCGAAGAAAUGCAUGAAGGAAUAUGCGGAAACCAUGUAGGAGGAAAAACACUUGCUUUGAUCUGCCAAAGACAAGGUUACUACUGGCCAACCAUGCUGGAGGACGCACAGAGCUACGUCAAGAAAUGCGAAAAAUGCCAGCUAUUUGCCCCAGUAAUACGUAUGCCAGCAAACGACUUGAUGCCCAUUUUGAAUCCAAUCCCAUUCGCCUAG